CCUGUAUUUUAUUUGACUUCCUUAAUCAAAAGGCACUCGCACAUCUGAGCUAUCUUUGUUGCAGGUGCAUGGUAACAGUUGAAGAAGAAACCCUCACCUUGAUAGUAUCGCUGCUCUUUGUUAAAGCUUUACGUGUCGGCUUCGAGGGUUCCUAAAUUGAAAGCCACCUUUCAAUGUCUAUAUUAUCACACUGCAGUCUCCCUUAUUCUACAAUCAAAUCCUUUGUUUUUGUCUGCCUUUCUCAUAAAGUACAGUUGGUGUUUGUGGGCUGAAUGAAGUGCAGGAUAGUGUCAGUCUGUAGGCAUUCUCAGAUGCCCGAGGUUCGCUUAAAGCAGGUUUCUGAUUUAUAGUUUGAUUAUAAUGUACCAGUUUGUUAACCAGUUUCCUGUGUGUGUGUGUUAGAACCACAUGAAAGCUUAGAAUGUCAGUGGUGUUCUACCUCAGUGCUGCUCGUGCACACUCUUGAGGAGGGAGCAUGAGGGAUGUCUCUUUGUACUGUUUUUAAAACACAAGGAAUGAUACAGUUACUAAAUGGAAUAUUCAACGAGGGGAUCCAGAUCUAAUUUGUGAAGCAAGGUUAAACCUCUGACCACUGAAUGCUGCUUAAAUUAAACUGACCAUGAAUCUGGCUUCGGUUGCCAAUCCCAUAGUAAAGUCAGAGUUGAGGGAGAGAGGAGAGGCCUCGGAGCGUCCUUCUUGUUUUCAUGCUACAACAGAUCAUCCAUGCAAUGACAGCUCCAUCACUUCCUGAUUCUAAUUCCCUAUUCUAUUUCCAGAACUAUAGGAGAAUACACAACACUACGCUGUGGGUAGGCCACAGAAUUUAAAAAUAAUUACCUUUCUGUGUUUGUGUGUCUGAAAAAGAAAGAAGCUGUUUUUCUCUUCCAAAAGUUCAUCAUAAAUGAGAGGGCUGGUUGAAUAUGUCUAAUAGUGUUAGUGUAGCUGACUAUUCAUUGUCAAGAAAAGCUGAUUUUUCUCUUCACUGUUGCACAAGUGUCAGCUAGGCAGGAAGGGUGUGAGUGUGGAGUGGUUUCCUCUGUACUAUCUGUUGAUCAGAAACAGAAGUAGGCGAGAGAGGGGUGUGAAAGGCGUUUUCUCACUAGGUUUUUGUGGUAGACAAGAGAAGCCUACACCAAUCGUGAUGUGAAUGACAAAUGCCAAUGUACCAGGCAUUUUCGUGAGAGGGUGAACUGUUUCACAUUGCUAUUUUGAAGAGAAAAAAAAACUUCAAAAAAAGAGAACACACGCCACUCGACCGGCCAGCGCUGCAUCGCACACAACCGGAGAUAUGGUCAACAGCUCGACCGACAGUGGCUUGCAGGACCCACAUCUAACCACCAGCCCAGGAUGUUUAGAUGUUCAUCCACGGCCUCCUCCCCAACCCUGCUCUGUCUAACCCUCUGGUCCCUGUGUAGCCUCCUGAUGUCUGCCUUCUGCCACUCUCACCACAGCCCCUGCAGACUGACCCAAAAGACUGCUCUCUGUAGCAACAGUGAGCUCUCAUCUGUACCCGGGGGCCUACCUGACAGCAUAGAGGACCUCCACCUGAACCACAACCACAUUCAGAUGCUACAAGAUGACUCCCUCUCCCGCUACGUCUCCCUUCGUACCCUAAGCUGUGCAGACAACCUCUUGGAGACGGUGGGGUCCAAGCUCUUUCACAACUCACCUCAUCUAGAGAGCCUCAAUCUAGCGGCCAAUAACCUUCACGUUGGAUACCAGCAAACUAGCCUGGCGCUGCUCACCUUGUCAAGACUCAGAGUUCUGGAUCUGUCAAAAAAUCAGCUCACAGAGGACAUGGUCUCCGUCCUCCUCCAGAACAUGAUGUCCCUGGAGUACCUCAACCUUUCCAGGAACCUCCUGCUGAGGCUGGACGAAAGCUCCUUCAGCGACCUCCACCAGCUCAGAGAGCUGGACCUGCAGAGGAACAUGCUGUUUGAGAUUGACGGGUCCUUCGAUCACCUGCACAAGCUCCAGAGUCUCAACCUGGCCUUCAACUACCUGCCCUGCCUGGUGCACUUCCACAUGACCCAGCUGGUGGUCCUCAACGCCAGUCACAAUGCCAUUGAGUGGUUCAUAGCCAACCAGGAUCUCCAGGAAGUCUUCCAGCUGGAGACCCUGGAUCUCACAGAUAACAACCUCCUCUUCUUUCCCUUUCUGCCCACCCACAGCUGCCUGAGGAAUCUCCAUCUGUCCCAGAACAGGGUGAGCUUCUACGAACACCUGGCGGACACAACUGCCUACCCCAACUGGAAGACCAGUGUCCAGUUCUACAACCUGAGGGGCAACAUGAGCAACGUCACGGCCAAGUUGUGGGACGAGAGCCUGCACGGGGACAUCUCCUCUCUAGACCUGCUGGAUCUGAGUGGGAAUCGGGUGCACUACUUCCCCCAAGGAUUCAUCAGCAAAAUGCCAAGCCUGACCAGACUCAGGAUGUGGACAAACUGUCUUGAGGUCUUGAAUCUAACUCUGGAAAAGCUGCCGGGGACGUUGUACGAGUUGGACGUGAGCAACAAUAGGUUGACAGAGCUCCAUGCCGACCAAGUUAGUUUGAGGAAGCUAGGCAACCUAAGCUUCCUGAACCUGAGCCAGAAUGACCUGCAGACUCUACCUGCUCAGCUGUUGUCCUCUCUCACCAGCAUCAGCUCUGUGGAUAUUAGCUACAACAGAGUUGGCGUGUGCUCCCUUGAGGCAGGGGGUGGGGGCAUGGGUGGGGGUAACCAAUCAGACUGUGUUGUUUGGAGAAAUAUCAUUUCUCUGAGAUAUCUCUACCUAUCGGGGUGCGACCUGGGGAGGCUGCCAUCAUCAGCGUUCGUAGGGACGCCCCUAACACACCUGGAGCUGUCUAACAACCCAGAACUCAUCAUCGGGCCCAGAUCGAUCGCAGGCCUCAGCAAAACUUUACACCAUCUAGGAUUGGGAAACACAGGCUUGAGACACUUUGACUUCUCUCCUUUCCACCACUUGAAGUCUUUGAACAUUUCCAGAAACUCUCUUACUCAGCUCCCUGCUUCACUGCAACGCCUGGAGCUGAAGUUGCUGGACCUGAGGGACAACAAACUGACCACCGUCCCCUCAGCUCAGGCUAACGCGUUAGCCACGAAACUCCACACUGUUUUUCUCAACGGAAACACUUUCAACUGCUGCCAGUUGGACUGGUACAGGACGUUCGAGAGGGCAAAAACUGUCACUAUCAUGGACCUCUCAGAUAUUUCAUGUCAGGAUCUGACCAAAAGAACACACAGAGUGGUGCGUGUAGACUCCGUAAUAUGUGGCGGUAGUGAGGGGGAGUCUGUGUACUGGUACAUCCUGCUGUUUAUCGUACCUGUUCUCUGUCUGGUUGGAAUGUCUGCUAUCUUCCUGCUCACCUUUAGGCCCAGACUGCUUCCCACAGCAGUUAAACAAAAAUGCUGGAGUCACCUUCCCUGUGUUGUUGAAGAAAAGUCCCAAAAAGAAGACACUGGUCGUGUCCAAAUACCCAUACUAGAAGUAGAAGUAGAAGGCAUUUUAGGUAUGCGAAAAUAGAACGUUUUAUAGUAAGUGCAAUUACAAAAAAACUAGUAUGCUUCAAAUGCCACGUUACCUUUGAGAAAGAUAAUCCUCUUUCCAGGCUCAUGUGUGUUUGGCAAAAGAGAAGAUCAUUAUUUGAUUUAACUAGGCAAGUCAGUUAAGAACAAAUUCUUACUUACAAUGACGGCCUCCCCUGGCCAAUUGUGCACCGUCCUAUGAGACUCCCAAUCACAGCCAGAUGUGAUGCAGCCUGGAUUCGAACCAGGUACUUUAGUGACGCCUCUUGCAGUGAGAUGCAGUGCCUUAGACCACUGCGCCACUCAGGAACCCAAGGGGACAUGCUGUACCAAAAUCAAAUCGAUUUAUAUAGCCCUUCGUACAUCAGCUGAUAUCUCAAAGUGCUGUACAGAAACUCAGCCUAACACCCCAAACAGCAAGUAAUGCAGGUGUAGAAGCAGGUGUAGCCCAAAUUGAAGCCUUAGAAUGAAUGAAUGGCGGGAAUCAACGCAAUUGCACAUUAGAUUAAUCAUUCUCAGGAUGGAUGAGCCUAGUAUGUUGCUUACUGCAUUCGUUUGUACAAAACAGUAGGUAUGUAGUACGAUUCGUACACAGAAUGUAGUUUUAGUAAGUAGUAGGUAAGACAGAUUUCAGACACAGACAUUGUCACAAAUUACAAUUAUGUAAAAGUGUGAUGUUUUGCACGUACAGUAUCAAUACAAUUUGAGGACCGAAACAAAUGUUUCCUUACAAAGCAAUUGAGUUUAGGUAAUUCAUAAACAAUGUCAUAUUACAUGUGGCAACACUUAAAACUAACAUAUCCUGCUCAACCAGAUAAAGAACUGUGUGUUACAAUGUUCAGCAGCAAGUCAACCUUUUUGCAUUGUUAUAAUCUGUAUGUGCUACGUGUGGUUGGUUCACACGAUCACUGCCUCUGGGGGCCUGAAUGUGAGAAUAUGGCUAUACUCACCAUGUCUUUGUGUGCUAUGUGUGUGUGUGUGUGUGUGUGUGUGUGUGUGUGUGUGUGUGUGUGUGUGUGUGUGUGUGUGUGUGUGUGUGUGUGUGUGUGUGUGUGUGUGUGUGUGUGUGUGUGUGUGUGUGUGUGUGUGUGUGUGAGCAGAAGUUUUGUGAUGCAAACUGUUGCUAAAAGAAGUGGAGGAAACAUGACAUUUCCUGUUUUGCUGAGAUGUGCAUCAACUGCCCAGUUUUGUAUCUGACUCAGAAAGGACAGGUUGGCGGUUUUCACCUCAAGUCAUAUUUGUGAGGCACGGCUGCAACUCUGGUCACAGGGACCACAAAUAUGUUGUUCUCUAGUAUUACACCAAUAUGUAUUUGAAUGAUUUAAUUUUAGUAUUUGGAUAACUACUUCAAAUGUACCAUGUAAAUUAUAUAGAGAUAUACCAUGUUAUAUAUUUAUGGUCAGUCCUAUAGAGGAAUACCAUGUUAUAUAUUUAUGGUCAGUCCUAUAGAGAUAUAUAGGGAUGUUAACACAUUUUUGUGCACAAUUUGAAAUGUUUUUUUUUUCAGCUCAUGAAACAUGGGAGCCAACCCUUUACAUUUUAUAUUUUUGUUGAAUGUCCUGCCCUAUGAACACCUCUGGUUAUGUAUAUUUUUAAAAAAGUAUUGUGCUUUUACUGUUUGAAAUGGCUCUGUGACAAUCACUAUGCUCCAAUACAAAUAAACCCUGCCUAAAGUGAAGCACCAA